GGUUGCUCUAAUUAUUCUAAUUUUAUCCACUCAGCAGGAGAUUCAUCAACUCCUGUUAAACUUUGUGAUUUUGGAUUUGCUCGCAUUAUUGGUGAAAAAUCUUUUCGAAGGUCAGUUGUUGGGACUCCAGCUUAUUUGGCACCAGAGGUCUUAAGGAACAGUGGCUAUAACAGAUCCCUUGAUAUGUGGUCAGUUGGUGUAAUCAUCUAUGUCAGCCUUAGUGGCACAUUCCCCUUCAAUGAAGAUGAAGAUAUAAAUGAUCAGAUCCGAAAUGCAGCGUUUAUGUUUCCAAAGAACCCCUGGAAUGAAGUUUCAAAUGAUGCAAUUGCCCUUAUAAGCAGUUUGUUACAAGUGCAAAUCAGAAGAAGAUUCAGUGUGGACAAGGCUCUUAGUCACCCAUGGAUGCAGGACUUUCAGACUUGGUUGGAUCUCCGGGAAUUAGAAACCAAAGUUGGCCAAAGAUACAUUACCCAUGAGAGCGAUGAUGCACGUUGGCAGAGAUUUGCUGAGGAAUGUGGUAUUGAAUAUCCACAGCACUUUGUCAUGGGACCUCAGUUUGAUGAAACCGAAGAAGAAGAUGAAGAGUAA